AUGAGGUCCUCCCUGCAGGCUGUGGCACUCUGGGGAAAGAAGGCCCCUCCACACAGCAUCACUGCCAUCAUGAUCACCGAUGACCAGCAAAUGAUUGUGACGGGAAGUCAAGAGGGUCAGCUCUGUCUCUGGAAUCUCUCAUCUGAACUAAAGAUUUCAGCCAAAGAACUUCUUUUUGGCCACUCAGCUUCAGUGAUGUGUUUGGCAAGAGCGAGAGACUUCUCUAAACAGCCCUUUGUAGUUAGCGCUGCUGAAAAUGGGGAGAUGUGUGUUUGGAAUGUCACCAAUGGACAGUGCGUGGAGAAGGCCAUACUUCCUUACAGACACACUGCAAUCUGUUAUUACCACUGCUCAUCCCGGAUGACAGGAGAAGGCUGGCUUCUGUGUUGUGGAGAAUAUCAAGAUGUUCUUAUAAUUGAUGCCAAAAGCUUGGUUAUUAUUCACACAUUCGUAUCAUCUCGGUCUCCUGAUUGGAUCAACUGCAUAUGCAUUGUUCACUCCAUGACAAUUCAAGAAGAUUCUCUCUUGGCGGUAUCAGUAGCUGGUGAGCUCAAAGUAUGGGAUCUUUCUUCAUCUAUCAACAGCAUUCAGGAAAAGCAAGAUGUUUAUGAAAAGGAAUCCACAUUUCUUAAUUCCCUGAACUGCCGAGCAAUACGAUUUUGCACAUACACAGAGAGACUUCUACUGGUGGUAUUUUCUAAAUGUUGGAAGGUUUAUGAUUAUUGCGAUUUUGCCCUUCUUUGGACUGAAGUUAGUGGCAGUGGGCAGCUCUUUGCUGGUGGAGAAGUGCUUGCUGCUCGCAGAAUCAUCAUCUGGACGGAAGACGGUCACAGUUCUAUCUAUCAGCUGCUGAACAGUGGGCUUUCAAAAAGCAUAUACCCUGCUGAUGGAACACUGCUUAAAGAGACCAUUUAUCCUCAUUUACUGUGCUCUACUUCUGUGCAGGAAAAUAAGAGCCUUCCUUUUGUUAUGGGCUACAUGAAUGAAAGGAAAGAGCCUUUUUAUAAGAUACUUUUCUCUGGAGAAGUCUCUGGAAGAAUUACUUUGUGGCACAUCCCUGAUGUUCCUGUGUCCAAGUUUGAUGGUUCUCCUAGAGAGAUACCAAUAACUACCACUUGGACUCUUCAAGAUAAUUUUGAUAAGCAUUAUACCACAUCACAAAGUAUUAGUGACUACUUCUCUGGGUUUAAAGAUGAGAAUGAAACUGUGGUUGUGACUUCAUCAGAGUAUGUUCCAAGUCUUGAUAAACUAAUAUGUGGCUGUGAAGAUGGGACAAUUUUCAUUACACAGGCUUUGAAUGCUGCCAAAGCAGGACUUCUCGAAGGCGGUUCUUUACUAAAAGGUUCCCUUCCUCAGAAAGUUCUCAAAGGUCAUCAUCACAGUGUUACUUCCUUGCUUUACCCACAUGGUCUCUCUUCAAAAUUAGACCAAAGUUGGCUGGUAUCUGGGGACCAGGACUCAUGGGUCAUCUUGUGGAAUAUCUUUGCUGAAGAAAUUUUGCAUAAAUUCUUUUUGCAAGCUGGCCUGGUAACAAGUCUUUUGAUGUCUCCAGAGAAUUUCAAACUGCGAAGUUAUCAGGUAAUCUGCUGUGUGUGCAGUGACCACUCUGUGGCUCUUCUUCACCUGGAGGGGCGGAGGUGCCUCCUGAGUGCCCGGAAGCACCUUUUCCCUGUGAGGAUGAUAAAGUGGCAUCCCGUUGAGAACUUUCUGAUUGUUGGAUGUGCAGAUGACUCUGUUUACAUCUGGGAAAUUGAAACAGGCACUUUGGAAAGACAUGAAACGGGAGAAAGAGCGAAGAUUAUUCUUAAUUGUUGUGAUGAUUCACAACUUCCAAAACCUGACUCUAUACUUCCAGUGGCCUCAGAGACACAUAAGCACAAAAGUGUAGAACAGAGGUCUUCCAACUUGUCCCAGUUUGGGCCAAUACCUUGCCCUGGUCUGCAGGUGGAGUCUUCAUGUAAGGUUGCUGAUGCCAAGUCUUUCUCGGGACCUUUUAAUGUCUUGCUUGUGAAGACAAAAUGGAGUAACAUUGGCUUUCAUAUACUUCUUUUUGAUCUGGAAAGCCUUGUUGAACUUCUGCUGCCAACUCCAAUCUGUGAUGUUGACCCUUCCAAUUCAUUCUACUGCAGUGAGAUUCUGAGAAGAGCCAAAAGUACAGUAGAGAAGACAACAUUGACAUUGAGAAGAAAUAAAACUGUCUGUGGUCCUCUCUCUAUGGAGGCACAUGCCAAGCCUGUUGGUGAAAGCCCAGCCCAAGGAGAUAAUGCCAUCAAAUUAUCAGAAGAAAAUGAUGGUAUUAAAAAGCAGAAGAAAAUAAAGAGCUUCAAAAAGAUGCACCCUAAGCAAUCAAGAAAAGUCGAUGCCAACCUCACAAUAGACACAGCUAAAUUGCUCCUAUCUUGCCUUUUGCCAUGGGGAGUGGAUAAAGAAUUAGAUAAUCUCUGCAUUAAGCAUCUCAAUAUUUUAAAGCUUCAGGGUCCUGUUUCUUUAGGACUUGCUGCAAAUGAAGAUCACUUCUCAUUGAUGCUGCCCGGUUGGGAUUUAUACAAUACUGAAAUGAAAAAAGACUAUUCAAAAGUGAAUUUAUUUUCUCGAAAAGUUUUGGACUUGUCAGAUAAAUACACUUCCACUUUUCCAAAUAACUCCGGGAUGCCAAAAGGACUGGAAAAUAAUUCUGAGUUUUUGCAAGAGUCAAACACUAUAGUUUAUUUAUUGAGGAAACUAUUUUUAGUUAACAAGUUAGUUAACAUGCCCUUAGAACUGGCAUAUGGAAUGGACAGUGCUUUCAAAAUCGAGUCUGUGCAUAAUAAGAUGAAAAGUCCUGGAAAUGAUAUUCUGAAUAUUUCAAGCUUCUACGGUUAUUUACGAAAUGGUAAGAGUGAAUCUCAUCUACCUGAAGCUGAUGUUUCACUUUUGAAGCUAAUUUCCUGUUGGAGAGACCAGUCUGUUCAGGUAACUGAAGCAAUACAAGCUGUUCUUUUGGCGGAAGUUCAGAAGCACAUGAAGACUUUAAAAAAGACACCAGUCAACAGUGAACCAGAGUCUGUGGCAAAGAAUGGUGACUAUGAGAUGAUGCAGAUACUGCCAAAGAUCGAAUGGGCCAAGGAGCCUGAGUUACAGUGUACUACAGACACUUUUCCUCUGCAAACUCCAGUCAGUUCGGUCAAGCAUGACAGCAACUCAAACUCGGCAAACUUCCAAGACACCGAGGACAUGCCUGACAGAUGUGUCUUGGAAGAGUCUGAGAGUCCAGGUAAACAAAAGCAUCAUUUAUGGAUAGAAAAGGUGUGCUCCUGCAAGCUGUGCUAA